AUGCUGGAGACGACAGGUGAAAUCGCUGUCUACAUUUUACAUCUGCGGGCUUAUUCUUCUCCCUUUUCGACGGACGAAGUGCGCAACCUCUGCCGACAGCGAAUGAGAGACGACUGCGAUGCUGUGAUGCCUCUUCGGGCUGAGGUUCGCAGGUAGGUGCGGCUUGUCUAGAGAAAUAAUGGAAGGUGUGGCACAUGUCAUUCUCGUUUGCAUGUGCCAUCUGCAGAUUCUGCUGACAUUGGGUCGCAUCAGGAAAUCGCCAUCUCUCGUCGCCUCGUCGCCGUUGUCCUCUCGUUCCGCACCGCACCGCAUAUUCCAUCUGAUCAGAUACGGCACGCCAUGGGCAACUUCUCGUCCGCUUCGGAGUCGGACAUCAGACUCAAGCGGGAGCCUGAGGUCGUUGAGAUUUCUUAUAUGACCAUCGUGCUGCGCUCCCAUGACUUCAUGACGCGCGACCUCGCAUUCAAAAAGAUCGUGGCGGUGGGAGGGAAGGGAGAGCAGCAGAUCAGACAUGGAACAGCAUCAUCCGCAUGAUGCUGUCUGUCCGUCUGUCUGUUUGUCUGUGUGUGGGUGAGCAGGAGUGCGACCCCGCGAGGGGCGUGUUGGCAGGGGUCGGGCCGGCGUUCCCCUCCCCUAACGACCCGCAGGUGCUCAUGGUGGGCGUGACGCCCGUGGGCGACAAGUACGUCAAAAAGAUAAAACACAUCGUGGAUAACCUCCAUCUGGUCGGCCAGCCCUUCCGGGCACCGCUGGAGGCCGAGAUGUUCCACCACGUGCGUAGGCCACCACACAGACACACACAGACUCAUUCUAAACAGAUUGGCUGGUUGGUUGGCCUUGCUGUCUUUCAGGAGUUACGGUCCAUCAGUUUGUCGAGGUUCUCUCCGGUAAGAAGAGACGGACCACGAGAAGGGGAGGCAGCGACAAGUGUUAUGUUGUCUGUCGUCUGUGAUUGUUCUGCAGAUGCAGAUGACGGUGCCCUUCGCGGUGAGAAGACGUCUGGCACGGCUCAACUCAUUGAUGGCCACACGUAGACGGCCGGCAUGCACCGCCUUUCUUUCAUAGAUACCAGCGGUGACCUGCGUGGGGCCGACGGUUUCGACGCCGCCUGCGUGGAGCAAUGUUCCGCCUGAGUUGCUUGAGUGGAGCGGACACCGACGGCCGCCUUUAUACAAGCUGUACCUGGUUGUGGUGAGGUGUGAGGAGGACCACAAUCGCAUGCAGGCUUACCAGGCCAUCACUGCCGUAAGCAGAAGGAGAGAAGAGAUGUCGGGAUGGGUACACGGCAUGAUGUGCAAUGCAUGUGUCUGCUGCUGGCUGUAGGCACACAGGCCGGCGAGCGGGUUCCAAGGCACCGUGUUUCCGCCCGAGAUCGUCGUUACCCCACCAAGUGGCUCAUCAACAUCAAGGCGCCCAAGGGGCGGGAAGCCGCCACUCUGAUUCAGAACGUUGUCGACAACAUGCACCAAGAGAUGCGGAUCACGAACAAGGCGAGCAUCAAACUAUACUGA